AGUGAGUACCGAAGUGCCGGCCUGGGCGGACGCCUGGCUCUCGACCCGUCGGUUAUCAUACGAGAGGCAGAUACGCGAGCGACAGUGCCAGAAAGGGACGCAGCGAUCCGAAGUCCGUUUUCAACAGGUCGUUAUUGUAGCUUCGACUAAAUGGUCCAAUCGAAUCCCGUCAUGUGCUACUUCAGCAUAAUUCUGAUUAUUUUCGAGACGUGCCUCGCGUGAAGAACCAGACGACAUGGAGCUACGAAGACUCAAACUACUGUUGCUUCUGGCAAAUAUAACUGGAGUCGUUUUGGUUGCGGGUAUGGACGACGUUUGGGUGGAGCUACGCGCUCCGCGGUUCGUUGUACAUCACCACAGCGCUACGCUCAACUGCGAGCAUAAUGUCGACUCCGACUCACUUUAUAAGGUAGUAUUUUUCAAGAACGGCCAAAGGAUAAUGAAGUUUGUUCGCGGUCGGGAUCCGCCCUACGAGCUCUACAACAUCACCGGGGCUGAUUUAAACCUUUUGCAAUUGUCUCCGACUUCGUUAACACUGGACAUGCUAGAUUUUACUGCAUCGGGCACGUACGCCUGUGAAAUAGCAUUGGAAACACCGCUGUAUUCAAAAGUGUCAAAACUACACGAUCUCACUGUUAUCGUGCGUCAGAAAAACCGUCCAAAGAUAAAAAUAAAGCAUAAAAAGCUAUCGUCCAGCGAACACUUGGAGGCGACGUGUCAGAGCGCUCCUGCCCACCCCGCGCCACACCUCACCUGGUUUAUAAAUAAUAUGAAGGUCGACGAGCGUCUUACAAUUCCCCAUGGCGCAGUAAAUGUUCAUCGUCACCACCACGGCAUGCCGCUAGCUAUAACCAACUCAUCUCUACGCUUCCCAUUGAGCAGCCUACAGUUAUUCCCUAACCAAACUGUGGAUAUCACCUGCCUCAGUACUAUACCUAGCUAUGCAAGCAUCAGCGAGGGAUUCGCUGAUGUUCAAAAUCACACUGUGACUGUGAAUGUCGUACGUCUGGAACCGGAGCCCACGCAGCUGCCCGUCAAAAUAAUUAGUUCGGAACUGAACUCGUCCCAACGCAUCUCAUCUCGACUACUCAUGUUCAUUGUAACAUUGGUUUGUCGUUUUAGCCAUAACUUUUUUUAAAGAUCCAUUGUAAAAAUGUAACAGAAAAUCUGUUUUUGAUGUCUGUGUAAUUUUGUAUUAAUUAUGAAAAAUAGUUUCCGUAAACGCUAUUAAUGUGAAUUUUCUUCGCAACAAUUUCUUUUUUAUUAAGCGACAUUUUUGUCUAAAGUGUAUUUACUAGCCCCCAACAUUUAUUUAUUUAAAAAAUUAUAUUUCUUAAAUUUCAAACUUUAACAUAACAAGAAAAUGUAUUGAACAUAACUUUAAUUGCUGACACAAUAUUGUCUGUAGCAUUAUGAAACUUGUCUAUCAACAUUCCAUCUCAAAAGAUCUAGAGUGAAUAGUGACGAACAAAAUUAAUGUUUACACGAAUAGAAUUUAGAUUCAAAAAACACAUCGCAACUUGACGAUAAAUAAGCACACCAGAAUGAAAUCCAAACACAAUAAACGACAGGCGUUAAAAGGUUUCCGUACAAGGACCACAGCGAAGACUGCAUUAUUAAUUCGUGUCUUGAACCUAAAAUUAUUUACUUUAAUGGUACCUUUGAAGCUACAGCUUCUUUCAAUUGUAAACUGAUGUUAUAAGGAAUUUAGAUUAAGGGAAAAGAAAAGAAGAUGGAUAUGAAAACUGGAUAAAACUCUAGCUUAAAUAAAACAAAUGUUCCGUUCGUAAUUUUUUUAUUAGGCAUACAUUAAAAACUUUAGCUUGAAAAUAAUUGAGUCUUUAACGUUGUUCUAAGCUUAUAGUUCAAUAUCAGUAUAGUAGUAUCAGUUUCAAAUAGUAUCAAUGAGUUUUUAGUCUUCAACCAAGCCAACAUUUUAGGUUAUAAAACCAUAUUUAUCCAACAAUACUAAAAUGAGACUACAAACUCAACCUAAAACUCCAAAUUAUAUUAGACAAGGAUAUAGUUGCGCCCUUUGUAGUUUAAUUUCCAUAAAAGCGAUGAUUAUAUUCCAUCAGAUGAGCCCCAAUAUACUAUGCAAGGAAGGCAAUAAAAGUAACUGCUUUUCAUCAACAUUGAUUAAAUGAAUUAGAAAUUAUUGACUUGAAAAGUUUACCAAAAAUACAAUACUAUAAUAAAAUAGAGCUUCAUAACCCUUGCUUAGUAUACGUAUCCUUUGUACAAACAACCCUUAACUUAUGUAUGCGCAAAUCUUUGAUUGUGUGCAAAUAUGAGACUGAAUUAGAAAAUUAGGAUAACCCUAACAUCAACACCUUUACAUACCAGUUGACAAGUCUCGGUAUCUCCAAAAUUGUACUUUAAUCUAGCAUUUAUACGGUUUAGUAUUUGAUAACAAACAAUUUAGACAUUUGAUUACGUAAAAUACGGCUUAGUCUAGACGGCUUUUUGAUUCGUUGCUAAAAAAAAUAAUUUCAUAAACAUUUUGUUAAACCAUACGGACACGAAUCAAAGAAAUCAUUACUUAAAUUAAUGAAAGCCAGAUAUUAAUUUUCAUCGUUAUUUCGGACUUAACUUUUCUGGAACCGUAAUUUAGAUCUAUUACGAUUUUAGCUCGAAAUCCAGUAAUGAAUUCUUCAAAAUAAUAUUAUCGAGUCACGAAUUAUUUCAAUAUCCAAAAUACGUGGCGCCCUUAUUAAUUGAGGAACAAGACGUCAAUAUUUAAAUUGAAUCAAAAAGUUAAGACCUUCGUAGCCCUAAAAUCGUGCUUGAAUUUAGGUAUAACCUUUUACUGUUUCUGCGUAUUUUGCAAUAAACAAUCCGUCUACCUCAGUUCCAAAUACAACUUCUCAGCAGAUGUUCACAAUGGAUUAUAUCGUAAAUACUUAGUAAAAUUGGGAAAUCGAAUACAAUUAUAACUAAAAUGAAUGGUACUCAAAAGCAAAAAUACUUACAUAUUAUACUAAAUACUAUGAAACGUUUAUUUCUUAUUAUUAUAUUAGCUACAGCUGUUUCCAUUACAAAUGCUUACGUAAUAACAUUCACGAUAUAAUGACAAUGUAGCGUUGACAUAUUCAGUAAAUAUUUAAAUAACAAAACUCCAAAUUCUAUUCACGAAGCCUUGACAAACAAUUUUAAAUGCAAAUAAAGUAAAGUCGAUUGCGUUGUGACAGAAAUCAGGGGACAGUUAAAAAUAUUUGAUUUGCUGACGGUUUGGUGAAUUGUGAAUCGGAAACCUUAAUGUUUUCUGUGCCGAUUUGAAAGGGCGAAAAUUUUCUUAAAAUAACUAACACUGCGAUUUCAAUUCAUGAGUUAGGUGGUAAUGAUAUCUCUGUGUUCUAUAAAGUGCAAGAACAACUGGUCUGUUAAGGUACCUACAGCAAUAAAAAUCAAAGUCAAAUGAUUAACUACAUUGUCAUAUGCUGCUAUCGAUUGAAUCAUAAGAACAGUGUUUUUAACAACACAGAAUCUAUAUCUUUAUCUAUAUAGGCAAAAUCUUGCAAACAAGAUCAAAUACCCAAAUUAUAGAGGGAGGGUAAAACCGAAAGCUUCCAGUUCGAACAAUCACUAUUAUGAACGUAAAAAAAAACCUCUAAAAUCCUCCUCGAUCCAGAAAAUAUGAGCUUAGUGCUCUAUAGUAUUAGGUCUAAUGUUACAAAAAAAUCUAGUAACAAGAUCGUUCCCUCCAAUAUAUUUGACUAAGAGGAUAAGCACAUGGCUAUUACUACAAGAGCGUACAAAAGUAUGUAUUAAAUGAAAUUAAGAGAGACAAAAGUUACUACUAUACUUUAUGAUCUUCGUUACGAUGUAUAAACAAUUUUCUGUUAUUCUCUGUGUGUUUUAUGCGUUGGCAAAAUAUGUGUACGUACGUGUGACGGCUUUUAUCUAAAUAUUUAGGAGCAAUUGUGUAACAAAACAUAUCAUAAUUAGGAGUGAGUAUUUGUAAAUUCAUAGGUGUUUAAUUGUGGUGGCUUGCCGACUAAUUGUUAAAAAUCACUUUACAUCUUUUUAAUGAUAAUUUUAUAAAUUUGAAUCAAAAGUGUACACUUUUUGUAUCGACAAUUUUUUUUAUUUUUACAUCUAUUUUAUUUUACCAUUUUCGAAUGGCAAAGCUUAAAGCGUGUGUAGUUAAAAAAUUGCCUCUAUAAGUAGAUAUUCAAGGAAUUUAACGUAUAUUUAAUGUAAAUUUGUUCGUGGUACGAAAAUAAGUUAUACUUAAGAUUAUCCCAAAAGGGUAACAAAAAAAUAUAGUAUACAAAUACUUAAUUUAUAGUAAACUUCUAGUAGAAUUUUCUUAAAGAUAAGGGAGAUCCUGUAUACAUCCAAAUGUUGUUAUGUGUAUGAUUUUCCGUACCAUUCUAGUUCUGAGUCAUGUGAUGGAUUUUUUGUUCAGUAGUUCGACAUUUUGAUACGUUUUAGAUGGCUUCGUUUUGUAUUCCAGAAAUGUAGUCGUCCGGUAAUAGACAUACCUUACAGACGCGAUCUGCAAACAAAGCCUCUCAUAAUAUUCACGCUGAAACAUGUAUCUCUCAUUUUUAUAGUUCAUCAAUACAAAAUAUGUUUAGUGAUUCUACGUACCGUUCUUAUUUUAAUAUCUAGAGCUUAAAUCGGCCAAAACCUUUCUGAGCCAUUUGGCGAUUCCAAAUAGAUAUUUUAAUACAUCUAACUUGAAUUGUAUACUUGGAAAGAACUCGGAUUAUGAGUCUGGUUUUUAACGAAUAUAUGAAUGCCACAUUGAUUUUUUUAAAAAGAUGUAUUUCUGUAUUGCCGACGAAAUUCAUGCAGGCUAUCAAUGUCUUCCUUAUUGCUAUACACUCUUAAUGUAAACUUUAAGUCUUAUUAUGUAAGUUAGAUUUUAUAUUGUUAGUUAUUAUUGUUGUGUAAAAGUAAAAAUCCUGCAGCAGUAAUAUUCAAUUAUUAUUAUUAUUAUUAUAUUUAUUAUUUGUUGAUUGUAUCCGUGUUGCUUUAAUGUGAUCGCUGAUAUGACCUUAUACCUAAUUGUGAAAUUCGUAAAUUGUGCAACUAACAAAUAUUUAUUUAAAUUUAUAAUAUAGGUAUAUAAGUAUAGUUAAAUGUGGAACAUGUGUGUUAUUUUAAUAAAAAUUUACUUGUGCUCUUGUUGAUUUUUUUAAAUAGUUUUUUUUUUCUUCUAAAUGACAUGUACGUCGGUAUUGUUGUCUUGGUUUUUGUAGUGUGUAGUGUGAUUUAAAAUAAAUUGUUUUUUUUUUCGAUUUUCUUACAAUAUAUUAUACAAAAUGUGAAUUUUUAUCUCUUUAUAAAUAUUACACGUUUGAUUUAUAAAA